CUGCUAGAGCGGAGGUUCCAUUAGCCGCCGGAAGUGUGGGAGAACCAGACACGUAAGUGCCGGUCGUCACGGAAGGGGCCAUAGAGCUGAAACUGGAAAGAGGUUCACGUGGAUGAAAGAAAAGAGGCGUGGAAUAUGUCGGCUUCGCUGCUGAGAAAGGGUCUCGAGCUACUGGAGACGACAGGAGUGUCCUCUUCCCAGCCCAAAAGAGCAGCCACCACUGCCCAAUCCAACAAGCAGUUGCUGAAACGGACGAAAAAGAAGAAAUUGUUCUCACAGUCCAAAAGAGAGACAUCCACAGUCAAAGGCAAAGUCACCAAGUCUGCAUUAGAGGAGUAUAGGAAAUGUCAAGCUAUUGACCACUUUCAGGAGAACAUGCUGUACAUGAUGAAUAAUCAGUUUGUUGCAGACAGCACUAUCACUCAAAAGAUUUUAGCUCAAAACAGAGGGAGGAAAGCAAUAGACAAUCCUCAAGAGAAAGCUAAGAAGAAGCCUGAAAGUACUGUGUUCACCGAGGAAGACUUCAAGAAAUUUGAGAGAGAAUAUUUUGGUGGAGCUGGAAGAUCCUGAGCAAGGGAACUGCCUCUUUGUUAUACAGAAAGCAUCAAAGAUCAGAAUGCUUCCUUUCUCCAAGUUGUUGGAAGUCACAUUCACUGUAAGAAGCUGCAGCCGCUUAACAUGUGUUGCUUCAUUUUAUGCAGCAUUUUAGGCUGUACUUCAGACAGAAAGUCUAGAGCUCUCAAACACAGUGAAAGCUCACUGACACUCUGCCACUUUAAUACUUCUGUUGUGUGAGAGAAAGUCUAGUGUAAAAGUCAUUUCCACUUCACCAGGAAUUAUGAUGACGUAAAUGGAUAGGUCUUACAGGCAUGGGGAAGGGAACCAACUGUAAAUACUGGGUUGGGGUAAAGUGCUGCUUAGGACAAGCAUAGGACUGCUUUUGCUGCAACAGACCUACCUUCUGGAAAAGAGGGAAAACUAGGUUAAUUCAAAGCCAGGUAUCUUUCUGCCUCAGUCAUCAUUUGUAUACAAUGAAUAGCAUGACACUAGCCAAAAUAACAUGGGAAUCUGAAGUUUAUUGAUGACUCUAUGGAAGUUGUCUUCCACAAUUGUACCGUUUGUAAAUAGGUAUUAUCUAAAAAUUUCAUAUAAUUCCCCACUAUAUCUGAAAAAAUGUCUCAAAAACUUACCAAGUUUCUGUACGUGGAGGAACUGAUGCUGCAGUACUUCUGAAGGUGAACAGAUUGAGGCAACUUGGGAAGGACACUGUUGACUCUUGCACAGAUGCAAGAUUUUUUUUAAAGCACUGUGUACUGUUCUGUAACAAACAAUUUAAAGACAACAUGCAAGGUUUAUUUUGGCAGUUACUAGAAAUUAAGUACUUGAAUGGUGGUGGAUAAAUUUCCUUUAUAAUGUCCUUUCUAGAAGGUAUAGUAGAACUAUGUACCAUUUAAUUAUUAAAAUAGUUACACCAACCUAA